AUGAAGAAUUCUGAUGAGAAGCCUUUUGAUGCUGAGGAUUUGAAUGAAUUGGUUGAAGCUCAAAAUAAUUUUAAUUCAAAGGAAGUUCAGUUAAGUACUUUGUUUAAAGGUAAAUCCAGAGUUAAGUGGAUAAAAGAAGGCUCAGCUAACACCAAUUACUUUCAUACAAAAUUUAAAAUUAGGCAAGCUAAAAACAGUAGUAGUGAAUUGGUGGCUUCUAAUGGUGAUAUUAUCUCAGACCAAGAUAAAAUUGCAGAUGAAAUAGUUCAUUUUUUUCAGCAGAAAUUCAAGUUUCAAGCAGUUUCAAUUGAUGAAUCAGUAUUAAGCAAUAUCCCUCAGGUUAUUACAGAUGAAGAUCAACUUAUGCUAGAUGCCAUUCCAGAAGAUGAGGAAACUAAAGUAACUGUUUUUAGUAUGGAUCCAGACAGCUCCCCUGGACCAGAUGGUUUUUCUAGAUGUUUUUAUAGAGCAUGUUGGCAUAUAAUUAAAGAAGAUGUGAUUCAAGCCAUUCAAUUUUGUUGGAGAAGAAGAUUCAUUCCAAACGGUUUAAAUUCUAAUUUCCUAGUAUUGCUUCCAAAGGUUGAUGGUGCUAAAAAUCCAAAUCAAUUCAGACCAAUAGGUUUCAGCAAUGUGAGUUUUAAAAUAUUUACAAAGAUUAUUUCAAUCAGAAUGGGUACUUUAAUGAAUAAAUUAAUAUCUCCUCAACAAGCAGCAUAUGUCAAAGGGAGAAGUAUUCAAGAACAGAUUCUUCAAGCUUUUGAAAUGGUUAAUGAAAUGAUAAAGAAAAGAAGAGGUGGUAAUGUGGAUCUUAAGCUUGAUAUCUCUCAAGCUUAUGAUUCAGUCAGCUGGCAUUUCUUGUUUCAAGUUCUUUAA